AUGUCAGACAUAUUCAAAUCAUACGAAUCGGACUUUGAGCUAGCUUAUCAAGAAGCUCACUCCAAGUUAGGACAAAUCACUUCUUUAAACGAUGCUCAAAGAAAAUCUGCAUUAAAAUCAGUUGAAAUAGCCACGGAGGAAUGCUUGGAACUCAUUGAUCAGAUGAACAUCGAGGUUCAAAGCUUACCAUCUAGUCAGAGAUCUUCAUACAAUACUAAAAUUCGCCAGUAUAAGGCUAAAGUAGAUGAAGCAAAAACUAAGUUGAAGCAAUUGCUUGACGAUGAAGAUAAAAGAGAACUUUUUGGGAGUAGGUAUAAGGAUCUGGAUGAAUUUGAUUCUGAAGGAGGGAGCCUCCACGAUUCCCAGCGUAAGCAGCUUUUAAAUAACAAUAGUUCCAUUGAAAGAUCAAAUCAGAGACUUAGGGACAGUCAAAGAAUUGCUCUUGAAACUGAAAACAUCGGAGGUAACAUUUUGAACGAUUUGAGAUCCCAAAGAGAAACAAUUACCAAUUCUAGAAAUACUCUUGAUCAGGCUGAUAACUACGUGGAUAAGAGUAUAAAGACAUUGAAAACGAUGACCAGGAGAAUGACUGCCAAUAAGUUUAUUAGUUAUGCUAUAAUUGCAGUAUUGAUUAUAUUGAUCUUCUUGGUAUUAGCAAGUAAGUUCUGGUAA